CAUUGUCAAAAAAAAGAAAAAGACUCAAAAACUCAAGUGUUUUGUUUUAAACAACAAGAAAAGAAGUUAGUACAUGUACCCUUGUAACGUGUUUUGGAAAUUCCUUUUUUAAAAACGAAAUUUGGAAAAAAUUAAAAAUUACAACAAUUACACACCGAAAGAACAUGGAAUUUGGAACCAACAAGAGGGACUUGUUCUACUAUACUGUUCCUUUUUAUUCAAUUUCUUCAUCUUAUUCUUCCUCUUUCGCCUCCCUUCUGUAUUGGGUUUAUUUUUGUUUUUCUCUUUUCUAUUUAUUCUUAUUAUUUACCUCAUCAUUUUUCAUUCAUGUGUUCUUGGCUGUCACGGGAAGAAUAUAUAGUUACCCAUCUGUAAUAAGGGGUUGUUUUAUUUUCAACAAAGAUUGGAUUUUUAGGGUUUUCUUGAAAGAAAGAUCUGAAAAAUGGAUGGUGGGUCGGAAGGGGAAGGCAAUAGGAACGUUAAUCAGAGUUCAUCUGAAGGACCCAAGAAACCAAAGCGGCAGAUGAAGACUCCCUUUCAAUUAGAAACCCUAGAAAGAGUCUAUGCUAUGGAGACGUAUCCAUCUGAGGCCACUCGAGCUGAGCUAUCAGAAAAAUUAGGUCUAACAGACCGGCAAUUACAGAUGUGGUUUUGUCACAGGAGGUUAAAGGAUAAAAACACAUCAGGGGGGACAGAAAAGAAGCCACGUGCUGGUGAGUCAGGUGGGAGGAGGAAUUUGACAGUGUCACCUAGGGAGGAUUUAAUGGUUGCUGAAGCUGCUAGUGAUCGUGACUCAGGAUCAGCUUCAAGGUCCGGGUCAGGGUCAGGGUCAAGUCGGUUUGAUAAUGGGGAUGGUAUGCCAACACCGCCUGUAAGAUAUUAUGAAUCACCUAGGAGGACAAUGGAGCGCAGGGUGAUAGCUUGUAUAGAGGCACAAUUAGGAGAACCUUUACGUGAAGAUGGUCCUAUUCUUGGGGUAGAGUUUGAUGAGCUGCCACCUGGUGCAUUUGGAACACCUAUUGAGAUGGCAGAACGUCGGGACCAUUACAGGCACUCUUAUGACAGCAAAUUAUAUGGAUCAUAUGAUGCUAAACAAAUUAAUGUUGGGUCAGCUCGCUCUCUAUCUCCGGCUCUGACAAGUGGCCAUCGUGAACCUGCUGAGCCCAAGAUUGUAUCUGAUAAAUAUGGACAAAUUGCAGCCCCUUACCUUUAUGAUUCACCUGUUGACGGUCCUUCUAAAAACUUGCCAAUCAUGCAAGGGAAUGGGCAUUUUGUUAGGGAAUAUGGCGUUGAAGGUCAAAGCAUUAAUGUAAUGUCUCAACAGAGCAGGCAGGGACGCUUUCCAUCACCUCAACGGGAUAAUGAAUUUGUCCCUAGUAAUGAGGACAUGUUGCAAUUGGAUCGGAAGCGCAAGCUGAGUGAAGAAGCUCGAAUUGGGAAGGAAGUUCAAGCCAAUGAAAAAAGGAUCAGGAAAGAACUUGAGAAGCAAGAUCUACUACGACGGAAAAGGGAAGAACAAAUGAAAAAGGAAAUGGAGAGACAGGAUCGUGAAAGAAGAAAGGAAGAACAAAGGCUGAUGCGGGAACAACAGAGGAAGGAGGAGCGAUUUCAGCGCGAGGAAAAGCGUGAAAUGGAGAGGAGGGAGAGGUUUUUGCAGAAAGAGCUCUUGAGGGUGGAGAGGAAGAAGCAAAAAGAAGAGCUUCGAAAAGAAAGGGAAGCUGCAAAACAGAAGGUUGCUAUGGAGAGGGCAAUGGCGCGCAGAAUUGCUAAAGAAUCGAUGGAGCUGAUUGAGGAUGAGCGCUUGGAACUCAUGGAUCUGGCUGCUUCUAGCAAAGGGUUACUAUCAAUUGCGUCUCUUGAUUAUGAUACUUUGCAGAACCUUGAGUCAUUUCGAGAAUCUUUGUGUGAAUUCCCUCCCAAGUCUGUCCAAUUGAAAAAGCCAUUCUCCAUCCAACCCUGGAAUGCCUCAGAUGACAAUGUUGGGAAUCUUCUUAUGGCUUGGAGAUUCUGCUUAAAUUUUGCAGAUAUUCUGGGGCUUUGGCCUUUCACUCUUGAUGAAUUUCUUCAAGCUUUCCAUGACUAUGAUUCCAGAUUGUUGGCUGAGAUACAUAUUGCUCUUCUGAAACUGAUUAUAAAAGAUAUUGAAGAUGUUGCUCGAACUCCUUCCGGUGGGCCUGGAACAAAUCAGUAUAGUGCUGUCAAUCCUGAAGGUGGACAUCCUCAAAUAGUUGAAGGGGCAUAUCUUUGGGGUUUUGACAUACGCAAUUGGCAGAAACACUUAACUCCUUUGACAUGGCCUGAAGUACUGCGUCAAUUUGCGCUCUCUGCUGGAUUUGGACCUCCAUUGAAGAAAAAGAGAGAAAGGGCUUGUUUGAAUGAUUCUGAUGAGACUAAAGGCUGCGAAGAUGUUGUAUCCACUCUGCGAAGUGGUUCGGCAGCUGAAAAAGCUGUUGCAAUUAUGCAAGAAAAAGGAUUUAUGUCGCAGCGCAAAUCCAGGCAUCGGUUGACACCGGGGACUGUGAAAUUUGCUGCUUACCAUGUUCUCGCUCUCGAGGGAGACAAGGGCUUGAAUGUUCUAGAUAUUGCGGAAAGGAUUCAAAAAUCUGGCCUGCGUGACCUUUCAACAAGCAAGACUCCAGAAGCCUCUAUAUCUGUUGCUUUAUCAAGGGAUCCAAUACUUUUUGAAAGAAUUGCUCCUUCAACGUACAAUGUGCGACUUGCUUUCAGGAAGGAUCCUGCUGAUGCUGAUGCAAUUAUUUCAGCAGCCAAGGAGAAAAUACAAAGAUAUGCUAAUGGAUUUCUCUCUGGACAAAAUGCUGAAGAUGAAGAAAGAGAUGAUGAUUCUGAAGGUGAAGGUGAUGUUGCUGAAGGUCCAGAAGUCGAUGACCUGGGUACUCCAUAUGGUGCAAACAAGAAUAGCGAGCAAUGCAGCAUACUUGACACUUGCUUGGUGAAUGGAAAAAGUAAGCCCUCUGAUGAGGUUGCACAACAAAUUGGAGUUGAUGUUGCUGGUAAGGACAUAAUUUUAACUACUGAUUUAUUUUAUGCUUUAUUUGCCCUUUUUAAUGUGAAAGCACUGUGUAGUAGUUGUCGAAAACACUAUUUUUCAUUAUCUGUUGAUGAUCUAUAUAUAGGUAUUGAGGGAAGUAAUCCUAGCCAAGAAUGUUCAGAAAUUGAUGAGAGCAAAGCAGGUCAGCCAUGGGUUCAAGGACUCACUGAAGGUGAAUACUCUGACCUAUGUGUUGAGGAGCGUCUAAAUGCUCUUGUUGCCUUGAUUGGCAUAGCAAAUGAAGGGAAUUCUAUCCGUGUAAUUCUUGAGGAUCGUCUGGAUGCAGCAAAUGCUUUGAAAAAACAAAUGUGGGCUGAAGCCCAGUUGGAUAAAAGACGAUUGAAGGAGGAGACGAUCAAUAAAUUUACUGAUAGUUCCUUCAAUGCUGUGGUAGAGGGCAGCCAAAGCCCAUUGGGAUUUCCAAACAGUAAAAAUCAAGGGACAACACCAACCACGGUGGUUAAGGAUGAAUCUGCUGUUGUCGUAGACAAUGUUCAGAACCACUUUGAAAGCAUCUCUGCUGAAAAGACUUUAGUGGCACAAGAAACCUUCAUGGGUGAAUUGGCCAUACAGCCAAGUGGGAGUACAGCAGAAAGGUCACGCAUGCAGUUAAAGUCUUUCAUUGGCCACAAAGCAGAAGAAAUGUAUGUAUACAGGUCAUUGCCUUUAGGUCAAGACCGCAGACGCAAUCGCUACUGGCUAUUUGUUGCCUCUGGUUCUAGCGAAGAUCCUGGUUCCGGUAGGAUAUUUGUUGAAUCACCUCAUGGCUGCUGGAGACUUAUUGACACUGAAGAGGCAUUUGAUUGUCUUUUGGCUUCUUUGGAUGCUCGAGGGGUCAGGGAAUCACAUUUGCAUAUUAUGUUGCAAAAGAUUGAGGAUCCUUUCAAAGAACGUGUGCGACGAAAUAUGUCUUAUGAUGAUAUCAUAGUUCAACAUGGAAACAAAUGUAAAAAUGAAUCUUCUGCAGCUAGUUCAAGCCCAGCCUCUGGUGCAGGUGCUGACAGUCCUAGCAGUACCAUUUAUGGUAUGGGUUCUGAUACCUGGGAAACAUCUUCGUCGUUUAAAAUUGAGCUCGGAAAGAAUGAGGAAGAGAGAAAGAAUGCCUUCAAGAGAUACCAAGGCUUUCAGAGCUGGAUGUGGAAAGAAUGUCUCAGCUCGUCAAUAUUAUGUGCCAUGCGAUAUGGGAAGAAAAGGUGCUUGCCGCUUUUGGGCAUUUGUGGCCAUUGUUUAGAUUCUUAUCCUUCAGACGAGGGCAACUGCCCUUCUUGCAACAAGAUGAGUGGCAAAGUUGACAUGAAUGCUGAGUUCCCAGAGCAGGCAAUGGAUUCAAUGGACAAUCUGAAAAUUGAUUACAAUAAAUUGGCGGUGUCAAAUGCUUGUCCUCUAAGAGUCAGAUUGAUGAAGGCCCUAUUGAGUUUCCUUGAGGUUUAUGUGCCAUGUGAGGCACUUCAAUCAUCUUGGACAGAAGACCGUAGAAAGACAUGGGGCAUGAAGCUGCAAAAUUCGUUGUCUCCUGAGGAUCUUCUCCAGAUUCUGACUCAGUUGGAGGGCGUCAUCAAGCGUGAUUACUUGUCUGCCGACUAUGAGACUGCAGAAGAAUUGAUGGGUCUAUGUGCUUUAUCAAUAAAUGCGGCUUGUGAAUCUACUUUCCCUGGAUCUGUACCACAACUCCCUUGGAUGCCUCAGACCACUGGUGCAGUGGCUCUCAGACUUUUGGAGCUUGAUGCCUCGAUAUCCUAUGAUCCUCAGCAGAAAACUGAGGCUGAGUUAAAAAAUAAAGUAGAUAGCCUUCCAAAUCCAUCUUUGGGGUAUGCUUCUAUGAAAGAUCUGCAAAAGGUAGAACCAACAGAAGUAGAUCGAGAUGGACUGUUGAGAGAAGAGAACUGGGAUUACCUCAGCAGUAUGCCUAGCAGCUCAAGAAGUAGGCAAGUUGUUCGUGGGCGAGGAGGGGGUCGUCCACGUGGAAGGCUGCAGAAAGGAUCUGCUAGCAAAAUACCAGAAUCUGGCAGGGCUGGUGUAAGGCCUAUUGAGACGUUAACUCAAGUUCUUAUUAAGCAGGGAGAAACGCAUGGACAGAGACAUGUACGAGGUCGCCGAACUGUUAGGAAGAGGAGAAUAGAGAAGAAAAUUGUUGAAGAGAUUCAACCAGAUUAUUUGGGUGAUAAAGGCAGCCGACUAACUUUUGUAGUACCACCUAAAAAGCAUGGGAGAGAAGAGUUUGACAUGAAUGUUGAAGGAAUAGAAGCCACAAAUGAUGAUAGUAAUAGUAUGGAAGCUGCUGAUUCUGAUGACUGUGCUCCCGAAAAUACAUACGAGUUUAACAGGAGUGAUUUAAUGGAAAUGUCAGAUGAGGAUCAGGAUGGUUUUGCUGGUGAUGGCAAUGACGAUGACAAUGAUGAUGACGAUGACGAUGACGACCCUGAUAAUGACAACGAUGAUAGAUACAGAAGCCAUGGCCAAAAUAUGGAAAGAUAUGGUCACAUGGUUGAAGACGACUCAGAUAGGGAUGGGGAUGUCAAUGAGGAUCAAGAGUCGGACUCUUCAGAGUCCGGAGAUUAUAGUGAUUGAGGUUGCCAAGAUUUUCAGGGGGGGCUUGACAACCGUAAUAUAGUUAUGAUGGUCGAUCGCCAGAGCACACGGAGGUCUGGUGUGAUUGCAUUCUUUUUUUUCUUUUUGAGGAACUUUGGUAUUCUUUUGAGAUGAAGCCCGGGAGUUGGCUUGUCUUUGUGUAUAGUCUUAAAAGGAGCAAUUUUUGUUAGCGUUUUAUCUUCAUAGCAGAUGUCAGAAUAGUAUAAAAUUGGUUAGUCCGACUUCCAGUAUCGUCGUGCAAUUGUGUAAUAUGGGGGCUGAUACAGUCGCUCUUUCAAAUUCUGCAGCUGCACAUUUCUGAUAAUUUUUACUUUUAUGUUAAUGAUUAAUGGCCUUAACAUUGUGAUU